AGUAUUGCAUCAGACACGUCUACGUGUGUGACUGUGUAUCGUGUCGUCCCUCUUGACAAUAAACCUCUUCAUUUUUAAGCAAAAAUGGUGUUAGAUGUAGAGCUUUUUCGUGCUGAUAAGGAUGGCAUUCCUGACAAGAUCAAGGAGAAUCAAGCCAAGCGAUACAAAGACGUUACUUUGGUGGAUAAAGUCAUCGAAGCAGACACGAAAUGGAGGAAACUGCGUUAUGAAGCUGAUAACUUAAACAAGAUGAAAAAUCUUUGCAGCAAGAUUAUCGGAGAGAAAAUGAAGAAAAAGGAGCCAGUUGGUGAUGUGGACCAAGAACUCCCCGAGGAAAUUGUGUCGAAAUUGGACGAGUUUAAGGCGGAAGAUCUCAAGGCACUAACUGUGUCGCAGAUUAAGAAGGUCAGACAGUUGAUCGAUGAUAAGAUCAGUAAGUGCAACGAGAACCGCGUCGUUUGCGAGAAAGAGCGUCGGGACAAUCUGAUGGAGAUUGGCAACUUUCUCCACGAGUCUGUCAUCGUCAGCAAUGAUGAGGAUGAGAAUGGCAUUGUGAAGACCAAUGGAGAUUGCACCGUCCGUAAGAGAUACUCUCACAUGGACUUGAUUCACAUGAUUGACGGGAUGGACGGAGAAAGGGGGGCGACAGUGGCUGGUAGCAGGGGAUACUUCCUCAAGGGACCUGCAGUGUUCCUCUCUCAAGCAGUCCAGCAGUACGCUCUGAGACUACUGCACAACAAAGGCUACACACCGCUCUAUACGCCGUUCUUCAUGCGCAAAGAAGUCAUGCAAGAGGUUGCCCAAUUGAGCCAGUUUGAUGAGGAGUUAUACAAGGUCGUUGGUAAAGGCAGCGAGAAGGCCGAAGAGACAAUUAUAGAAGAGAAGUAUCUUAUUGCGACGUCAGAGCAACCGAUCGCAGCAUACCAUCGGAACGAAUGGAUGGCCGUUGAUGAGCUCCCAAAACGCUACGCUGGAAUCUCAACCUGCUUCCGUCAGGAGGUCGGGUCGCACGGCAGAGACACAAGAGGGAUAUUCCGGGUGCAUCAAUUCGAGAAGAUUGAACAGUUUUGUGUAGCAUCACCUCUAGAGAAUAAAUCUUGGGAACUAUUUGAUGAAAUGUUCACAAACGCAGAGAACUUCUGUCAGGGAUUGGGCAUCAGCUACCGUGUCGUCAACAUAGUCUCAGGUGCUUUGAAUAACGCUGCGGCCAAGAAGAACGACUUAGAGGCCUGGUUCCCUGGCUCCGGUGCCUUCAGAGAGCUUGUAUCAUGUUCCAAUUGUACCGAUUACCAGUCAAGGAGGUUGCUAGUUCGGUACGGCCAGACCAAGAAGAUGAAUGAGCAAGCGGAGUAUGUACAUAUGCUGAAUGCCACGAUGUGCGCAAACACACGGAUGGUAUGCGCAAUUAUGGAGACCAACCAAACAGAAGAAGGGAUCGUCAUACCCGAGGUUCUUAAACCAUACAUGCCUGAUGCAUACAAGGAGAUAAUUAGUUUUGUCAAGCCGGCACCCGUCGACGAGCAACAGAUGAAAAAGGACAAGAAAGCCAAGGAUGGGAAGAAGAAAAGCAAGAAGGAGUCGGCGAGCGUUGAAGACAACGUCCAAAAAAUGUCUCUAGGAAACUAAAUGUAAUCUCACUAUAGUAUAAAGAUGGAUUAAGGUAAAGGGCUGGGUGGGGGUGGUCUUAAAGGCACUGGACACUGUUGGUAAUUACUCAAAAUAGUUGUUAGCAUAAAAACAAGCAAUGGAGAGCU